UAUCAUUUGACAAGAAGAGAUUCUGGGGUGCCAUUAUACUAAUCCGACGGGAAGCGAACAUCUGGAAUUAAACUGUAUCUGGCGCUGGAAUAAGAUGGCAGACUCGACGACAGUGGUCAUAUCCGUAGCACUUAUCAUACUCUUCUUCCGAUAUAUAGUAUUUGGCGGUCCCUCACAAAGCUCUUCUUCCAGCAACCGUACCACAGCCGCCCCAAUCUCAUCCACCCGUGCGUCCCCCAUACGGCAUGUUUCUCCCGAUAAAGUAGAUACUGUUUUAUCAAUGUUCCCCGCCUUUCCACGAUCCACAAUUGAGGCCGACCUAGCCCGCACUGGAUCAGUGGAACAGACUUGCGAAAACAUUCUAACUGGGGUGCUGGUACCACCUCCACAACCAAUACCAUCAUCUUCAACGGGGUCGUCAAGUAGUUCAACUUUGUCAAAGUCGACCGGUACACCGUCUCAUGCAGCGCUGAGUACGCUAAUAAAUGAUACAAAUGCACCCCUGUCAGAACCGCCGCGCAUGUGGGAACAGACAGCGGAGGCUAGGGAGAAGAGUCUGAGGGCCCGUAAGGAAUAUAUGCUGAGACAGGCCAGACAGAAAAUGUUGGAAAAACAGCAACGAUCAAAUGCAGUCAAGCAAGAAUAGAAACAAAGGGCAUGUCCACGAUAUUGGUUAUAGCUAUCAUCGAGGAUUGAUCAACAGAGCAUAAAAAGGGUAUACUUUCAUAAAAUGUGCAUCCCCGUUCAGGUUCUGUGCAGAGAGUUAACCAGAAAGGAAUUCAUUGAGAGAAAGCCAAACAUCAAUAUAAAAGAAUAUACAAAACAUAUAAAUCUAUCUACGUAAUCAUAACAUGCAC